ACUGAGUCACAACUCGGCUCACUCAACAUUGAAAAGUCAGCGAUAAAUCACCACCACCACCUCCAUUGGAGAAAAGAUGCUUCGCCGUUUGGGUCUAUCUCUCUGACACGCGGCGGUUUGGGCCGGUUGUUUUUGGGCCCAAUGUCGAGCAGUAUAAUAAUGAGAAGCAGUAGUGUUAUUGGUAUAACGCAAGAAAAGAGUGAACGUAUCGUUGUCUAGUGUCUUUCGUUCUCGUUCUCGUGUUUCUGAAGAUGGCGCUAACAAUACUACCAGAAAGAUUCCCAAUUGGUCUACGGGUUCUCGCCCUUGAUGUUGACACAACUCACCAUCCCAUCCUUCACGCAAUGGGUAAUCGAUUUCAAUACCAAGUCAUGUCUUCUCAUUACUCUACCAAUUCUGUCAUGGAGGCUAUCACAAAAGGGGCUUCUGAUUAUUGGAUUAAGCCAUUGGAAGAACGACACUUCCAGACUAUGUGGAAGCAUGUCGUAAAAGACAUCUUCCAUAUGAACAACAAAAGGGGAAGAGAACAAGUCGAUGUUCCAAAACAAACAAUUGAUGAAAACCAUAAUCAUAAUGAUGAUUAUCCAUCCCCUUCACCAAGUUGCUCACUGGAGUUGCCUAUGAGACAAAGUAGACUUCAUAUUGAUGAGCUCCAUCGAUAA